UUCACAACUAGGGUUCCAGUUUCUACACCAUAUUUUUCAAUGGAUCCAUAUUUUUCAAUGGAUCCAUAUUUUUCUCUAUGGAUAAUCGACUUUCUUCUCCGACAACCGCUCCACGACAGGACUCUCCACAAGAUUAUACGCCCUCUCCCUCUCCCUCUCUCCGUCCAAGAUUCGACCUUAAAGAAGGCGAUGCUUCUUCGAAUAAUCGUUUCGGAGAUUUCCAAGGGCAUGGCUUCCGAGAAAAUGCUCUUUCUUAUGGAACUCAUCGAGGAGUUGGAUUACCAGGAGGGUGUUGCAGCUUCUGAAGCCAUCAAGACGGCGUAUUGUGACGUGGCCGUGGAUUGCACACUGAGGCUGCUCGAGGAGAGUCAGGACAGAGAGGUGAAAUACUUUAAUGCGGUGAAGAGAAUCUGGAGGCGAAGGGUUUCUAAGAUGGAAAUGACGGAAAAUGUUGGGCUGGUUUCUGAGGUGCUAUUGAAUUGGAGGGAUGAUAUUGAGAAUUCUGUAAGGGAUGCUAGUGUUUAUGAAGAUUUGCUGAAGAAGUGGAGAGACCGUGAAGCUCUUAAAUCUGUUAGACUUUAUGUUGACGAAGCGUGGGAGACCAUGGGGCCUUCGUUUCUUGAACUUAUGAUGCAGAGGCUAAGUAAUGAGCAAAUUACGGAAAUGUUGAAACAUAAUUUCUGUCCAGUUAACCAUCAAGAUCAACAUCUCAAUCCGAGUACUAGUGCAGAAAUGGAGAAACGUUCUAUUCUUCCUAGGCGAAAGCAUGUUAUCACAAGACUCGGUAGAGGAGCAAAGAUUAGUGAUUCAGAUAGCAAGGAUGAAAAAGCUGCUUCUGAAAACGGUUUCUCCUUUACACCUGAAGUUAACAAAAUGCAGGAAGAUCUAAGAGCUAGUUGUAAGGACCUGCAAGCUGUGGUAAAUGAUCCUCUACCUGAGGCAAUACAGCUUGCUGACAAAGUAGUCUCUAGCUUGCCAGGGAACAAUCUGAACCAGAGUUGCCCCAUGGAUGUAGAUAAUCUAUCUGCUGCUACUAGUGAUGGGGCUAUUGCUGUGAAUGAGACUCAGAAUAACGAUAGUCAUGCAUGUAUCGUUAAGAAGAAACCCAGCUUAAUGGAGAAGAAUGCCACUGCUCGUGUCUAUGAGUGGGAUGAUUCAAUUGAUGGAUCUAGUAUUCCCUUGUCCACUUCAAGUACAAGGCGUGUUUCUCCCAUAAAGGUGCUUAAGAUGAAAAAUGUGGGAAGGAGAAAAAAUAAGAGAUGGAGUACUGUUGAAGAAGAUACGUUGAGGACUGGUGUUGAAAAGUACGGUAGAGGGAAUUGGAAGCUCAUCUUGAAUAUGUAUAGAGAUAUUUUUGUUGAGAGAACUGAGGUUGAUUUGAAGGAUAAAUGGAGAAACCUUACAAGGUUCUGAAUAAAUGAAUUCUACAUUUUAAGAGUAUGUAGUGGAAAGGCGUUUGGUGAAACAAAGUUGUUAUGAGACUUCUAUUCGUCGUGAUAGAUUGGAUUGAAGAUUUAUUACAGUACAAGUUUCUUUUUACACCUUCUGUAAGGAAGAAGAUGAGUUCAUUGAACACAUUUCCUUCGUUGGUGCUCCUACCCCUUGACUAUAUAAAGAAAUUCUACUAAAUGAUGUCACUACAAAAAGGAAUGCUCUGAUUGAAGUGAAGUACUAUGACUUUAGGGUAUCGAGCUAACUUUUCAGAGAAUAAACUUGUUUUAGAAAAAGUGAAGUCACCACAAAGAAGAACACCCUGAUUAAAGUUGGGGUUAUGGUUAUGGGGAUCAUGCGGAUGGACGCUCCUCUUGCAUUCUUAAAAAUGUGCGGACUUUGGUGCUAUAAUCUGUGAAAUCAAUAUGGAUUGUGAAGAAUGUCUACAUUCCAGAGGGUUCAAGUUAACAAGAUAUGGAAGACCACAACACGGGUUAGGAUAUGUGGUAAGUUUCCCAACUGGCGUUGUUUUUGCAAAGAAUGGGGCCUCGAUUAACCCCACGAGGGCCACGACUAUUGCGUCUUGUGAGUAUGGCUUUUUGGGUUCUCAAGUUUCUUUUAUGAUGUUUAUAUACAUGUUAUUAAAAUAGUAUUAAGAAGGUAAAGGCUCAAAAUAGUUCCUUGAACUUACAGAGAAGUCAAUUGUUUGUCUUGGAUUUUGCUUUUGGAUGCCUACUUCAUUUAUUCUGGAUUUGUUAUUGCU